UGGAGUAACAUCAUUGUAUACAACACAGCCUUUAUUACACUCAAAGACUCGAAACUCCUUCCCACCCACCACGUUUGACAAUCUCUCUCUCUCUCUCUCUCUCUCUCGCUCUCUCUUGAUGCCGUGUUGUUGCACUUCCCGUGAACUCCAUUCACCCACCACCUUUAAGACUCCCUGUCCCUCCCCACUCUCUCUCUCUCUCUCUCUCUCUCUCACGUUCUAUCUUUGCAUGCGUUCUUGUUGCAUUCAUGGGUACGUCAGCAGCAGUAGAAAGCCCGAGCAGCGGGAGGAGGAACCGCAACAGGAGCGCAUCCCCUUCACCGGAGUUCGAGUUCUGGGUCGAUGCCAACCCCUCGUCUCACCAACCCCAGCUCCUGACCGCUGACGAACUCUUUUCCGACGGCCUCCUCCUCCCCCUCGGCCUCCUGUCCCUCCCCUUGCCUGGCCACACCCGGACCGCCGCACGCCAAACCGAACCAGCUCAGCAGCCUCCGCCUCUGCCGCCGGCACCGAAGCCCAUUACGGCAUCCGCCUCGUGCUCGUCUACCUCGGAGUCGAAGCGGUGGAAGGACAUGUUUAAGGUCGCGGAGAGGAAGGGAGUGGAGGAGAGGAAACUGCUGAAGGACCGGAGGAGCGGCGCCGCCGUGCUCAACAUCGGCAUCUGGCCUUUCUCCCGGAGCCGCUCCGCCGGGAGCGCCACGACCUCUGGCGGCCGACCCCGGGCCGCGGCCUACGGCCGGGAGGCCAGCAGCGCUCCCUGCUCGCGAAGCAGCUCUCGCGGGGAGUCCUCCAAGCCCGCCUCCCCGUCGGCUUCGGCGGCAGCGGGCGGGAGGAAAUGGGCCGCCAGCCCGGGCCGGGCAGACGGGGUUCACUUCGGCCGGUCCAGCCCGGUCUGGCCGUUCCACUGCGGCUCGAACGUCGUUGAACCGGUAGCCCGGAGGCGACCCGACCACCGGCGUAAUGUCACCGCCCGAAAGAAAGGUAACGGCGGUGGCGUCGGGCUAUGGUGCUCAACUUAAGUGUGAACACUUGCAUCGACCUGCAGUGGUGACGAUAGGACAGGGUUCACCGGCAGUGACCGCACUCCUAUCAGUCUCAAGUGCCGAUGAUGAUGAUGUACAUUAGUUUUCCUCUUCCUUAAAACUUUUUUAACAUUUUCUUUUGUUACUGUGGAUUAUAGCCAUAAUUAUAAGUAAUUAUGUACAUGAAAGCAAUCUACAUCUUUAGUCUAUUAUCUCAUUAUAAUGUACUUAUGGCUGAUUCCAACCUCGGCGACUGGAGCAAGAUAAGCUUCAGCUACAGCAGCAAUUGGUAGCAA